AUGCCAUCUUACACUAUCGAAGAGUUAAUUCAGUUGAAACCAAGUGAGACUUUAAGCGUCGAUUUUGAUGCUGUCGAAUUUAAGGCUAUUAUUGAAAAGGUCAAGCAAGUUCAAGCUUUAAAGGAAGAAGAGUACAAUGCUACCCAUCAUGGUCAUUUCAAUCGUAGAAGAUCUUCCCAUUUACACCACGGUAAACCAAAGGUAAAGCAACACAAGCCAAAGGUUACUACAGAUGAAAAUGGGUGGUCCACUUUCGAACCAAAGACUACUGAAGAAGGUGACAGUGAAAACAACUCUGAUAAUGCCACCACCACCACUACAUCCAGUAUCUCUAAAGAAACUGUUAAAGUUAAGCCAAACAAUAGACACAUCUCUUCAAGCAGACCUGCUGAUAACAGUGAUAUCAUUACCGAUAAACAAGUUCACGGCUUCAAUACUUUUGCUGCAUUAGUUAGCGAUGAUGAAGAUGACGAGUAA